UCCUGAGUGCUGCGGGCUGGCCAGAGUCUAGGAGGCAAACGGGCGAGAGGCAGAGCUGAAGCCCAUUGGGGGACCCUGCCACCACCCUUCUGAGGGGUCUCUGCCUCCUGGGAGAGGGUGGGUCUUGGGGACAAGGGUCCAUGGUGGAUGGCUCUGGAGCCGCUCCCGAGGCUGUGCCAUCCCCCUGCCUCGCUGGUCAGAGGGUCACUGCAGCGGCUGCUCGGGCUGGGGCCGAGGGAGCCCGCUCUGGAGCCCCAUGUGGGACCCAAGGACACAGCCGCCCUGCUGAGAGCACGGCGGCUCGCCCCUCAGGACCGUGACCUCGCGACGGUGGCCCUCGGCCCUCCACCUCCGGCGGGGGCGGGGGCCGCCCAUCUCCAAGUCUCCAGCCAUGACAACCUCUGCGCUCCGCCGCCAAGUAAAGAACAUCGUGCACAAUUACUCCGAGGCGGAGAUCAAGGUGCGCGAGGCUACCAGCAAUGAUCCCUGGGGCCCGCCCAGCUCACUUAUGUCGGAGAUCGCCGACCUGACCUUCAACACGGUGGCCUUUGCCGAGGUCAUGGGCAUGCUCUGGCGUCGGCUCAACGACAGCGGCAAGAACUGGCGGCACGUGUACAAGGCGCUGACGCUGCUGGACUAUCUGCUCAAGACCGGGUCCGAGCGCGUGGCGCACCAGUGUCGCGAGAACCUCUACACCAUCCAGACGCUCAAGGACUUCCAGUACAUCGACCGGGACGGCAAGGACCAGGGUGUCAACGUGCGCGAGAAGGUCAAGCAGGUGAUGGCCCUGCUCAAGGAUGACGAGCGCCUGCGGCAGGAGCGAACUCAUGCCCUCAAAACCAAGGAGCGCAUGGCCCUGGAGGGCGUGGGCAUCGGCAGUGGGCAGCUGGGCUUCGGCCGCCGCGGUGAGCGGGGUUCUCCAUCCUCCUACACCUCUGCCUCCUCAUCUCCCCGCUAUGCCUCCGACUUGGAGCAAGCGCGGCCCCAGACAUCAGGAGAAGAGGAACUACAGCUGCAGCUGGCGCUGGCCAUGAGCCGCGAGGAGGCUGAGAAGCCAGUACCCCCAGCCUCCCACAGGGACGAGGACCUCCAGCUGCAGCUGGCUCUGCGCCUGAGCCGGCAAGAGCAUCAGAAGGAGGUGAGGUCCUGGCGGGGAGAUGACUCCCCCGUGGCCAAUGGUGCAGGGGCUGUGGCCCAUCAACGGGGGGACAGAGAGCCAGGAAGAGAAGAGAAAAAGGAGGAGGAGAAGCUAAAAACCAGCCAGUCCUCCAUCCUGGACUUGGCCGAUAUCUUUGCGCCUGCCACAGCCCCACCCUCCACACACUGCUCUGCUGACCCAUGGGACAUCCCAGGUCUCAGGCCGAACACUGAGCCCAGUGGCUCUUCCUGGGGACCUUCUGCAGACCCCUGGUCUCCAGUCCCCUCAGGAAACGUCCUGUCCCGAAGUCAGCCUUGGGACUUGCUUCCUACACUCUCCUCCUCUGAGCCCUGGGGCAGGACCCCAGUGCUGCCUGCAGGACUCCCCACCACGGACCCCUGGGCACCAAAGUCUCCCCACCACAAACUCCCCAGCACUGGGGCUGAUCCUUGGGGGGUCUCCACCGAGUCUUCUGACACACCUGUUCUAGGUGGUACCUCAAACUUCGACCUAUUUGCCAAACCUCCAGAAUCCACAAAAAACCAGGAGGGGCUGGAGAGUGUCCAGGCCCUGCCGUCGGGGAAGCCCAGCAGUCCUGUGGAGCUGGACCUGUUUGGAGACUCCAGUCCCUCUUCCAAGCAAAAGAGCACGAAGGAGCCAGAUGCCUUCGACCUGGAUGCACUAGGGGAAGCGCUAACCCAGCCUGGCCAGGAGACCCGUGCCUGCCGUACCCCAGAGUCCUUCCUGGGCCCCUCGGCCUCUUCCUUGGUCAACCUUGACUCAUUGGUCAAGACGCCGCAGGCCGCGAAGACCCGGAACCCCUUCCUGACAGGUCUCAGCGCUCCGUCCCCCACCAACCCAUUCGGCGUGGGCGAGCAGGGCAGGCCGACCCUGAACCAGAUGCGCACCGGGUCACCUGCGCUGGGCCUGCCAGCCGGCGGGCCUGCCGGGGCGCCCCUGGGCUCCAUGACCUACAGCGCCUCCCUGCCCCUCCCGCUCAGCAGCGUGCCGGUCAGCAUGACCCUUCCCGCCUCGGUCAGCGUCUUCCCGCAGGCCGGAGCCUUCGCCCCGCCGCCCGCCAGCCUUCCGCAGCCGCUGCUGCCCACCUCCGCCUCGGCUGGGCCGCUGCAGCCAGGCCCGCAGACUGGCACCAACCCCUUCCUCUGAGAGACGCCCCGAGCCUGCGCGCGAGGCCCCGCCCCCUCCGGACCUCAGGCGGAGCGGUCGUGCAGGUUGAGCACUAAUCCAAGCCUCGGCAGGCGGAAGGCGCACUCCUGAAAUUGGAGACUGAGGACGCCUUGGGGGGCCUAGACCACACCCCCACAAUAAAGACUGGAACCCACAAGCUCAGCUCUUACCAAGUGGACUUUUUGUGGGGUGUGGCAGCGGGGUCUGGACCACAGCACCAUCACUGGCAGCAGAGGAAACUUCUUCUCUACAAUCUAGGGCACAGAAACUCUCCCUUUCCCUUACAACUCCUCUCAAACCCCCAUCCGCACCCUCAGCUCCUGUUGGCCUGGCACCUUCGCUUCCAGAUGUUCCCAGGCUGUACUCAUUCGAUCAUUUCAUUUAUUUAUCACACAUCAGCAAGCACUGGGGAUGAUCUAACAGCAGAGGACGGUAGGCAUUUGUUCCUAUUUACUGUGCACUUGUUAAUGUGCUAAGCACUUUAGGCAGAUCAUUUCAUUUAAUCAUUGCAACUCUUUUGAGGCAGGGAGUAUUGUCACUCCCAUUCCGGACAGCUACAGAGUUUGUGGGGUCCAGUGCAAAAUGAAGAUGCUGCCAGGUGUGGUGGCACAUUCCUGCAGUCGCAGCAAUUCUGGAGGCUGAGGCAGGAAGAUUCCAAGUUGAAGUACGCCUGGACAAGUCUGCCGGGCCCUCAGCAACUUAGUGAGACCCAGUCUCAAAAUAAAAAAUAAAAUGGUCUGGGGCCAUAGCUCAAUGGUAAAGCGUUCCUGAGUUUAAUCCUCAAUAUCCCCUGCCCCAGUAAAAGAAAGAAAAUGCAGAGUUCCUUGUUCAAAAUUGAAUUUCAGUACAGGAACAGCAGCAGAGCAUUCAACCAAGUGCACAACCCUCCCCAGGGCAAUUGCACAGGUGUCCCUUGCAGCUGCUGCGGCUCCCAUUUUAUAGGUGAGAAAACUGAGGCUCAGAGAGGUUAGUGGCAUGCUCAAAGUUACAAAGCAAGGACUGUGUGGAGAUGAGAUUCAAAGUCAUCAGACAGUCUGGUUCCCUAUCCAGGAACUCCCAGACUGGGCCCAGAUUUAAUUCAGCAAAUAUUGACUGACUGUUGUGGACAAAGCGCUGGGCCGUCGGGGAGGAAUCCUUGAAUUGCUGAGCCCACAACCUGCAGGAGCUCAGAGGACAGCAGGGCAGACAAAGGGGGUGGGGAGGGAUAUGUGCCAUAGCUGCAGCACAAGCCAGGUCAGGAGACCCCGUGCUCCUAUGUUUUACUGAGUCACCUUGAAUCCAGCUCUGCGCCCUGCCCCCUCCACCAAAGCUGACAGGAAACACCCUCUCAUGGAGGGGGGCUGCUCCAACUGGGGGUUCAUUCAGGGUUUCAGAAACCGAGGGUAAGACAAGGCCUGGUACUCAUCCUGGGAACCAUCACGGUCACUCUUACUUCCACUCAAUGCUCCAUGACCAAAGGACAACUGGACACUGGUGUGUCCUCAGUGCUCAGGGGAGGCUCUGCAGACAGCCUGCUGCUGGCCCCCCACCCGCUUUAAGGCGCUGAGAGCAAACAGCCUUCCACAGUCCUACCAAGAAACAUCGAGUUGUUGCUGGUAGGGAUGCAUGACGCCACUGUCCUUCUGGGGUAGACUGCUUUGUUUGUGUGGCGGGAGGGAGUCCCACUGCUGCAGACCAGAAGGACAGGGCACUUACUUAGUAGUCAGACCGACAGGGUUCACAACUCUGCUCCAAGGUUUCAACUUAAUGAUAAUAAUCUCUUAAUGAGUGGUUAUGCU